AUGAGUUGCAACAAUUCAAUCAAUAUAUUUCUUCUUGGUUUGGUAUCUGGAAUGACAUCAGAUAUUCGAGGAAGCAGCAUUGAUCAACAAGAGUUAAUGACAUUUGCUUAUGCAUUUAGUGUCACAAUUUUGGUUGUAUUUGGUAUAAUAUCGAAUAUAUUUUCUAUUGAUGCACUCAAACAAAUAGAAAUAAGAUCAAGUACAGUUGGAUUAUAUUUAAUUGUUUAUAGUUGUUUUUCAAUAUUUGGUUUAAUAUUGGUUGAAUGUCGUCUUAUUCGAAUGCUGAAAGCAUUUUCUUAUGUUGCAUCUUUUAUUAUCUGUAAUGUUGUAUCUGGUCUAGCAUCAAUAAUUACUCGAAUUUGUUUAUGGAUGAGUGCAUUUAUUGCAAUUCAACGUGCACUUCAAUCAUUUGAAGCAAAUCAUUUAAUAAAUAAAAUUCGUUCACGAUCAUUUGUAAUAAAACAAAUCGUUGUUUUGAUAAUUACUAUGAUUUUAAUGCAUAUUCACGAAUUGAUUUAUCGAAUAUCAGUUAGUGAUCCACUUCUUAAAGGAAAUUAUAUUUGUCAAAUAAAAUAUCCACCACCAUUAUUGACAAUGAAUACAAUAUUUUCAUUUAUUCAUUUAUUUGUGCCAUUGUCAUUAAAUGUGUUCGCCGAUUGUUUGAUUCUUACUUUAAUUAGUCGUCGAAGGGCUACUCUUCAUCAAACAUCUUAUUGGAAUCAAUGGAAGAAACAUUUUCGUCGUCAUUGUCAUCUUUUCUUAGCACCUACAUUAGCUACGAUUUGCAUUUCACCUCAAUUGAUACUGACAAUGUUAUUCUCGUGUGUCGAUGCAUCUAUUAAAUGGUUAUUAAGAUUAAAUACAUCAGUCAAUCUGAUUAUCUAUAUACAUCAAGCAUCGACAUUUUUUAUUUUUAUUUUACCUUCUGAAUCAUAUUUUCGAUCAUUUAAAACUCAAUCUCAUUUGGGAAAACUUAUUGUUCGAUACUGCAGAUUAAACAAUAGAAUUAACCCAAUACUUACGACAACUGGUCGUUCUCUCAUGGAAACAAGAAAUAGAAAAGCAGCAGCAACAAUCGAACUUAAUCAAAUACAAAAAACAGACAACUAA